GGCGGAGGCGGAGCCAGCGGCGGCCGAGGCUGGCGGCUCCCGCGCGACUCCGGGUCACAGAUCAUAGAUCCCGGCGCGGCGAGGUCAUAAGCAGAUUCAGGUGAUGUGUGUUCAUUGCUGAGUGACUCCUACCCCACCCCACAAACUGCAGGGACAGUUGGGGACCUGCCAGGCACAGGCAUGCCAGUACUGUCCGAAGACUCGGGUUUGCAUGAGACCCUGGCACUUCUGACCUCUCAGCUCAGGCCUGACUCCAACCACAGGGAGGAGAUGGGCUUCUUGAGGGACGUCUUCAGUGAGAAGAGCCUCAGCUAUCUGAUGAAGAUUCACGAGAAACUCCGCUAUUAUGAGAGGCAGAGCCCGACCCCUGUCCUGCACAGUGCCAUGGCCCUCGCGGAGGAUGUGAUGGAGGAGUUGCAGGCCGCCUCGGUGCACAGUGACGAGAAGGAGCUGCUGCAGCUGCUGUCCACCCCGCAUCUCAGGGCUGUGCUCAUGGUACACGACACCGUUGCCCAGAAGAACUUUGAUCCUGUUCUGCCCCCUCUGCCCGAUAAUAUUGACGAGGAAUUCGAGGAGGAGUCGGUGAAGAUUGUUCGCUUGGUGAAAAACAAGGAGCCCCUGGGUGCCACUAUCCGGAGAGACGAGCACUCGGGGGCCGUCGUGGUGGCCAGGAUCAUGCGAGGGGGCGCGGCAGAUCGGAGCGGUCUGGUGCAUGUCGGUGACGAGCUCCGGGAGGUGAACGGGAUCGCUGUCCUGCACAAGCGUCCAGACGAGAUCAGUCAGAUUCUGGCCCAGUCCCAGGGAUCCAUCACCCUCAAGAUCAUCCCUGCAACCCAGGAGGAAGACUGCUUCAAAGAGAGCAAGGUGUUCAUGCGUGCCCUCUUCCACUAUGACCCUCGGGAGGACCGUGCCAUCCCCUGCCAGGAGGCAGGCCUGCCCUUCCAGCGGAGCCAGGUCCUGGAGGUGGUGAGCCAAGAUGACCCCACCUGGUGGCAGGCCAAGAGAGUGGGAGACACCAACCUUCGAGCUGGUCUCAUCCCGUCUAAGCAGUUCCAGGAGAGGCGGCUGAGCUACCGGAGAACGACAGGCACCCUGCCAAGCCCCCAGAGCUUCAAAAAGCCCCCCUAUGAUCAGCCUUGUGACAAAGAGACCUGUGACUGUGAAGGGUACCCCAAAGGGCACUAUGUGGCUGGUCUUCGGAGAAGCUUCCGGCUAGGCUGCAGGGAGCGGCUGGGUGGCUCACAGGAGACAAAGGUGAUUGCAGGAGCUGAGUCUCAGGAGCUGCUGACCUAUGAGGAGGUGGCCAGGUACCAACAGCAGCCUGGGGAGCGGCCCCGCCUGGUGGUUCUGAUUGGGUCUCUGGGAGCCCACCUGCAUGAGCUGAAGCAAAGAAUGGUGGCCGAGGACCCCCAGCACUUUGGUGUCGCAGUUCCACACACCACCAGACCCCGAAAGAGCCAUGAGAAGGAAGGGGUGGAGUAUCACUUUGUCUCCAAGCAAGCGUUCGAGGCUGACUUGCAUCAUAACAAGUUCCUGGAACACGGUGAAUAUAAGGAGAAUCUCUAUGGGACCAGCCUGGAGGCCAUUCAGGCUGUUAUGGCCAAAAACAAAAUUUGCUUGGUGGAUGUAGAACCAGAAGCACUAAGACACCUGAGGACCCCUGAGUUUAAACCCUAUAUUAUAUUUGUAAAACCUGCAAUUCAGGAGAAAAGGAAGACGCCGCCUGUGUCUCCAGACUCUGAGGGCACAGCAGCUCGGCUUGAUGAACAGCAGCAAGAGAUGGCCGCCUCUGCUGCCUUCAUUGAUCAGCACUAUGGGCACCUGAUUGACGCUGUGCUCGUGAGGGAGGACCUGCAGGGCAUCUGCAGCCAGCUCAGAGCGGUCCUAGAAAAGCUGAGCAAGGACACUUACUGGGUACCCAUCGAUUGGGUGAGGUAACUUCAUCCCAUAGCAUCCCGUCUGGCCGGACCUUGAAGACCAUAUUGUCUAGCCUCCCUCGUGUGUUGUCAAGUACGGAGAGGGGCAGGAUUUCCCACAGACUGUCAUCACCGAGCAUUAGUGGGAAGCCUCGUUUGACGUCGGCAGGAUUUCCCACAAACGGUCGUCACUCAGUAUUAGUGGGAAGCCUUGUUUGAUGUUGGGUUUUUGUCUGUCUUUCUGCACUGCACCCCUUCAUGAGUUGAGUUGAAAGGGGCAGUUCAUAGAAUAACAUGUCAUCCAUUAAAAAUCUUGUAGGCAAGUUGGCCUUGAUCCUUUGUACCAAAGCUAUGUAGCCACUGUCUUUUGGGGGUGGUGGUGGUGAAUUUAUAUAGUGAUUCACAGUGAGGAUUCAGCUUUAUAAAUAUGACACUUCACUGGUCUAACUUUGUUGGGAGUUGUUUUCCCCAAGGGGAUCUUCUGUGCAAAUGACCUGUCUUGCAGCACUGAAAUAUUACUUAAAAAAAAUUUUUUUUUGGUAGUGCUUGCCUGGUGGUAGAGAAAUUGGUUCCCUGCCUUUCCACAUAGUUUGUAUACAUGAUGUUUUUCCUGCAAGACAGAGGCACACGUAACAGUCCACAUGGCCCACUAGUCGGUUCUACCAUGCAGCAGUGCCUUUGGGGACUCUUGAGGAAUGUCAGGCUGCCUGUCCCCUUUCUAAAUACUCCCCGUGCCCCUGGAAGUGAGUCCUUGCUGUGUUUGAUUUGUCCUGUAAUAUCUGCUCUCUGUCAUGCGUUGGUCCUAGGCUUUCUGUUUUCAGUUUGGGGGCUCCUGUUGUGCUAGAUUGUGGGGAAUCAGAAGACUUCCAUCUGUCAAAGCUGUGUCUCAGCCACAAUAAAUCAGUCCUGUCUAAAAGCGU